AGUUAAUGGUUUAAUAUCGCCAGCGUAUACCGUUGGCAUAACAGAAGGACAUAAAAUCCAUUUUUGUUUCAACGUCGAAGGAAUAGUAUAAUUAUUCAUUUUGUUAGUAACAUCUGUCGUAAAAUAGAGCGGCCGAUUUAAGUUUAAUAGAUUUAUUUUUUCUGGAUUUAUCGUCAUCGUAGCGGCGACAAUAAUACGUUGUGGUCGAUGCACACAAAAAGAAGCAAUUUUAUUCAUUUCAACAAUCCAAUUUUGAUAUCUUUGAUCUAAUAAUCUAUCAGCUUCAUCCAUAACAAUCCAUUGUAAAUGAGACCAGCGCAAAACAUUGUUUUCUUUAACCUUCUGAGAAGGUAUAUAGUUUAUUAAGUUUUGAACAACCAUGAGAGAAGUAUAGAAAGAAUUCGUUACAAAUUUAUCAACGAAACGACCUGGAGUUCCUAUAAUAAUUUUGGGGCUCUUUUCUAAAAAAUGAUGUACAGUAUCUAAACCAGUAGGAUUUGUGGCGAUUUGUAAAGAUUUCGAUUCUUCACUUAGCGUUUCGCUACUAGAUAAGCAAAUAAUAUUGAUCAGCUUUUCGGGAUGCUGACUCUUAUCACAAAAUAAACUAAAAACUGUUGAUAUUUGCUCAGUCAAUUCUCGAGUAGGAGCUACAACAAGAGCAAGAAUUUCAGAUGAUUCACUGAAAUAAGCAUAUGACAUGAUAGAAUUCUGCACUAGACUGAAAACCUUUGGUUUCAAUAAAAAAUGUACCGCUGCUUUUUGAAUCGGUGUGAGAUGAAUAAACUUUAACGUAUUGUAAAAAACAUCUUGUAUAGUUUGAUGACAAUCGUUCAAAAUAUUGUCCUCUUCUGACAUAUCCAGUUCAGGUUCUUCGAAAUGUGAAGAAUUCACCAUGAUCGUUCGUCCAUGCCAUGAAACGUCACAUGUCGACGUCAUUUUUCACUCACAAGAACAAUAAACCUAUGACAGUUUUUGUAGCACAAUGCAGGACCAGAGGGGCUUCCACUGGGACUACCUGGUUUUCGUUUUGGAUAGCUUGAACAAAGCAACGUGCAUUGAAUUCCCCUACUUGCUCAAGUUAAACUUCAUUUUUUUAAAAAGAAAAAUGAGCAUCACUGAUGCCAAGGGAAACGUAAAUUGUGAUUUUCAACAGGUACUGAUUCAACACACUGAAAAUGAUUUAAAGCCUAAGGAAUCUUUUGAUCCAAGUUUCAACCAAGUUAAUGAGCCUCUUCUUAUCAUAGAUGGAGAGGCUGAAGUAGACGAUUUGUUAUUUGCUGCAUGUUUUGCCAACUAUGAAUCAGCGGCUUUAAAGCGAAUGGAGUUGCUGCUUGAAACAAAGCCAGUCACUCAGACGUGUUCAGAGAAUGUCACGGAAGAUAUAUUAAAGCUUCACAAUUUACAGUGUAUAACGGAUGAUGAUGAGGAGGAGGAGGAAGACGUAGAACAGGAAGACACAGAUGAAAAAACUAUUUUUUUAAAAAGAGAGUCGCAAGAAGAAUCCUUGUCCGAUUGCGACUAUGACAGUAAUGAAGAUAGCUCUUUCCCGACAAAAAAAAAAAAUAAAGACACUCAAGAAUCGACGAAGACUCAAAGUCUUUGCGGGUUCAAACCUAUUGUGUUUGAAAAUCUUCCCGAUGUAGUGAAUGAUUCUAUAGAGUUAAUUCACAUUGGAAAAGUACGUUCAAAAAUGGGAAAAACUGUUGUUAUAGAAUCAAUCAAUAAAUCAAAACCUGUUGAUUUGGGUUCGGUUUUAUGUACUUCUUCUCGACAUGUUCUAGGAAUCGUUUCUGAUACUUUUGGUCCUGUCGCCUCUCCAUUCUACCUUGUAUGUGAUAUAAAAGUGGAUGUUGUCGAGGCGGACGAUAUUUACGCGGACGGAAAUAAUUUUACGUUUAUAUUUAAUGGGAACGAAAAACAAACUUUAGAGGAAAAACAAACAGAAUCUACUCAAACACCCUGCCAAAAUAUGCAACGUCAUCCUAUUAAAAAUAGAAGAAAAAACAUCCACUUAGUUUGUCACAAGCAGCAUGUCAAGAAAAAUUUACACCCUCAGAUUUUAAAUAAAACCGAUAUGGGAAACAACUUCGACAGCUAUCAAAAUACGGAGACCUCCAUCUUGCAUAACUGUGUAGACAACUCUUUUAUAAAUCAAACGCGUUGUCAAGAACGACCACCUUGGUCUUACCAGACGCCUCAGACAGUCAAUCCUCAUUUUACUCAUUAUACUCAUACCUUUCACCAACCCUUACCAUCGAACAUUCCCAAUAGUUUAAAUUCAGAAACGCUUAAUCUUCCCACUCGUUCUUUAUAUCAAAACUUUUCCGCUUAUCCACCCAGCCAAUCGGUGCCAACGCGAUUUCAGUCUAGCCAAUGUGUCGCAAAUCAAUUUUCCUCCAACCAAUGCGUCCCGAACCAUUUCGCAAAGAAUACGUAUCAAGUGUCCAACAUUUAUAACGGUGUGCAGCGAUCACCACCACCACCACCACCGCAAUUCUUUUCUACACACACGACAGAACAUCAAAAUCCAGACCCUUUUCAAAAGCAUGCAGAAACGUUUACCUAUCGCUUUGAUAGGUAAUAAGCUUACCGUAUCGCCCCUACACGCAUUUUUUUUCAAGUAGCCUUACAAAAUCAUCUCAUUACGUAACUUGGGUUUCAUAGUAUCAGUGUUUAAAACUUUACCAUUUAAUUGACUUUAAGACUAAAAAGCUUCGAUGGAUACUUCAAAAGUAUACUACCAUUCCCAUUAAAACGGGUUUUUUUGUUGUAAUAGAACCGCAUCAUAACAUAACGAAAAAAUAGUCGUUAAACAAAAGAUUUUUUAUUUACCAGAAAUUUUUUUUUAAACUGAAAAAAAAUAUUUUAAUAAAUAACAAAAUUUAAAUAAAAAUUAAAAAAAACUUUUUAAUAAAUUCAA